GAUUGGCAUUGUGAGCUUCGGCAGGGGGUGUGCCUUGAAAGGUUUCCCAGGCGUCUACACCCGCGUUUCUUCCUACGAUACUUGGCUCCUUAACAGUAUAGCUUCUGGAGCAUGCUGACCAUCCCUAAUAUCAGGACUCUUGGUCCAGUAUAUGAAAUUAAAAUGGCAAAAACGCUGUCAUUGUGUGUGUGUGUUUUUUUUUUGAAGCGUUGAAAACGUGACGUAAACCAACCAAUUAAGUUCCUUAUAACAUUCUAACUAUUCAUACUUUAAAUGAAAGGAAAUAACAAAAAGUAUGUAUAUCUCUACAUAUAACGUCGUUUUUGUAAUUAAUGACGCAAUUGGUAAUUGUGAUUUCAUAGUUUUGUUUUGAUUAGCAGAGGUCAACGACUAUGGAGCGGCGAAGAGCGAGAAGGCCGCCCUUUCCCCGCCCUUAGUUGUGGAGGAUCAGCCGCGCCGCACCUCGCCUUAUACCACGGGGUCGUGUGGAUUUACAGCCCACGUGCAACCCUUGCGAUUAGCAAAGAACUGGAGACACUGACUUUUAAGCAAUUAAUCAAUAAUCACAUGAACCAUGAUGAAGAAAGGAAAAGAAAAAUCCUAGAAAAAUGACUUUCACAUCGAAAGAAUAUGUAGCCAAUUAAUGUGGACACCCUUAUUUCAUACUUUGUUUUUUAGCUCAAGUACAUAGACUUGUCUGCUAUUAUUUGUUAUUAUCACGCUGAUAGAAAAUUUAUGGUUUUACAUCAUCCGGGGAAAUAGGAAAGAAAUGGCAGACACCACACGAGUUAUGGCCAACAGAUGUCUGCGGUUCCAUUGUGUGGCUCGACCAAUCAGCUUUUAGUUGGAAGAGAAAGGAACUAAGAUAACGAAUUCGUUAUAUAAGCCAAUGUAAAACUAAUGCAUGAAGGAGUUUUUACAUACACUGAUUGCUACUUGCUACCACCGCACCCUGCUUUAAAAAAAGAUGAAAGAUUGAAGCGAAAACAGAAAUAGUCAUAUGCAAAUAAGAUCCACCCGGAAACAGCAUUCAAGUAGGCUAGUUGGGUGAGAACCCAGAAGCAAAGAGAACGAGGAAGAUUUAUUAUUGAAACACACAUCAGCCUUUAGAAAUGGCAUUUCUGUUUUCCAUUAAUAUUUAAUAGCUUAUUUAAAUCGUCAGUAAUUAUUUAAACAAUAAUUGUUAAAGGAUUUCGUGAUCCCUCUGUGCAAUAUAACAAAAAUAUCAUUUUGAGCAGUUCGAGAAAGAUCAGAGCAGUUUUAUUGCGGUUAUGUAUUUUCAUUGACAAUAUCUCUAAAGUACAACUAUGCAUGUCUGAGAUUUCUUAAUGUUUUAUCAUUCAUUGUAACUGCCUUAGAACAUGCUUAUUCUACAAGAAAUGUAAAGAGAGAUUUUUAAAUUAAAACAUUUCAUUUUAA